AUGGGUGUUGAUCUUGAUCUAGAAUCUAUAUCAGAGGCAACUUCAGGAGCCAUUGGAUCACUCCUGAGCACCACCAUCUUGUACCCACUUGACACCUGCAAAACCAGGUACCAAGCUGAAGUUCGAGGCAAUGAUCAGGCCAGAUACAAGAACCUUUCGGAUGUUUUCUGGGAAGCAAUAUCCACACGCCAGGUUCUUUCGCUGUAUCAGGGUCUGGAAACAAAAAAUUUGCAAUCUUUCAUUGCUCAGUUUGUUUACUUUUAUGGGUAUAGCUACUUCAAAAGACUAUAUCUGGAAACAAGUGGUUCUAAAUCAAUAGGUACAAGAGCGAACUUGAUCCUUGCUGCUGCUGCGGGGGCUUGCACUGCCAUUGUGACUCAGCCUCUGGACACAGCCUCAUCAAGGAUGCAGACAAGUGCCUUUGGAAAAUCCAAAGGGCUGUUGAAGACCCUUGCAGAGGGCACCUGGAUUGAUGCAUUUGAUGGUCUUGGAAUCUCCCUGUUGCUGACCGCAAACCCUGCAAUCCAGUAUACAGUGUUUGAUCAGCUAAAACAACGACUUCUUGAAAGGAAAAACAAAACGGGCAACGGUUCAUCCCCAGUAGCCCUUUCUGCCUUUGCAGCAUUUGCUUUAGGCGCAGUCUCAAAGACUGUUGCCACCGUUCUAACCUACCCUGCCAUUAGGUGUAAGGUCAUGAUCCAAGCUGCUGAGGACGAUAAUGAAAAAACCAAGAAUGCUCGACCAAAGUCCAGCAAAACGAUACCAGGAGUUCUAUGUGCUAUAUGGAAAAAGGAAGGGAUUCUGGGCUUCUUCAAGGGAUUGCAUGCACAGAUCUUGAAGACUGUCCUCAGCUCGGCAUUGCUUUUGAUGAUCAAGGAAAAACUUUCGGCUGCUACUUGGGUUCUUUUACUUUCAAUCAGAAGGUAUCUAUUGCUUACAAGGGGAAGACUAAAAGAUGCUUGA